UGAAGAUGGCUGCGAAGUCAGUAAGUCGUGUGCGCCAAAUUCAUUGAUUAAUAAGGCCGAGAUAAAAUGUAUCGCCUUAUUGUUUGCCACGCGAUUUUUCGAAUGAAAAAGAUAGACUACGCAUAAAGCUGUAAAUCAGCAAGUGAUGGGAAGAUGGUGAGGGAGCAAUUUUACAACUGGUAUGGGUUCUCAAACGCUGGAAAUUUUGAGACAAGGCGUCUGGGCGAGCCUGACAGGAGGCUGGUUUUACGAUCCGCAUCUCGAUGUUUUUUCAAAUACUUUUCACCUUUACAUUUGGCUCUUCCUGCUCUGCUUACCAUUUACCAUAUAUCUUUAUUUUCCACCAACGUUGUAUGUUUGGCUGGCAUAUUGUUCUUCAAUUGGAGCAAUCUUUGGUACAAUAAAGUGUGUCAAUCAUGCAUUGCAUUGCGUAUAUGAUACAACUGAGUGUUUAGAAGAAUGUGGUCAAACCAUUAGUCAGCAAAGAUCAGAAAGCGAAAAAAGACGUAUAGUGCAUAACAAAUGCAGGGAACAAUCGCAGAAUCAAGUAGAUCAUGGAAUAGAGCUUCAAGUUUUAAGCGGAAAAACAGAUACACCACCUGUUGAAUGCUCAUCACGCAACUCUUUUAUCGAAUCAAAUGUGCAAAAUGCAGACGCGGAUAGUAUAACAUCAGAGUACAAUCGAGAUAAACCUAGUUCAACUAUAGAUUUGAAGGUAGAAAUUCAUAGGAAAAAUAGUUCAGAAAGUUCAGAAGAAGCACAAUUAACUAAACCAAUGGUACCUAGUAUAAAUGUGCACGAAGCAGAAUUAGCUUCUGCUCAGUAUUAUGAACCACGUUUUCGAAAUAUAAUGAAUGAAAGAAGGUUAAAACGACAUAAAUGUGUUGUUAUCGCCGAAGAAGAUCGACCAAGAAAAUUAUGCAGGCAUGCAUCGGAAGAUUCACGAAAUCGUCACUCUAAACAGGGUAGUCUUGGUAAAACAGGUUCUGAAAGUCAAAUAAAACAAACGAGUUCGUUAGAACUGGAAGACCAUGCAGACGAUUAUCCAUACUGGAAGUCCAAUCAAAGUGUUCGACGUCUUAAUUCUAAUUCAAUUCCGAUGGAAACUCAUUUAAUGAACGAUCAUCCGCAGAGUUUAGAAAUUAUAUCGAAAAAGGAAGAUACGGAGAAAAAUAAAAUUUCAUCUCAUCCACAAUCUUUAGAGGUUAUUACAAAGAAACCACAUCAACAACUUAUUCAUCCGCAAAGUCUCGAAACAAUUGGUGCUACUAACAAAAAUAUGAACUCUACAGAUGACAAUAAUUUACCUCUUCAUCCACAGAGUCUUGAAACUAUUAAUACUAAAAAGGUAUUGCCUCAGAAUACGUUAAAAAAAAACCAACUGCAGUUAUUACCAUAUCUUAGUUAUGGAUCAGAAAUAGUUCAUCCUAUAGCAGAGCAAAGCGAUGAACAGUUUGCUAAUGAAAGUACAGGAGGAUUUAGUCUUCGCGAUUCCUGUAGUCCAUUACUUACUCGAAAGAGUUGUGAAACUAAUUCUACCUCUAAUCGAGACAGAAGUCUUAGCACUAGCCGAUUUGAAGAUAGAUUUUCGAGAUUUAACGGAGAUGGUGGUAUAGAUAAUGAUUCUGCGAAUUCUCGUGAUGCGUUAAUCGAAGAAUCAAAGCCUGGCGCCAAAAGGAGAUACAGUAAUGCGAGUCAAAGCAGUCGUGAAUUCUCAGAUGGAGAGAGGUCCAAAGACAAACAAGAUAAAUUGAAAAACAUAGAUGAUCCAUUAAAUGUUGGAAGUGUUCUUGGAAUAGAUCGAUUAUUCGAAGGCAAUGAUUGUACAAUAGAAUCACGAACGAACAAAGGAUUACAUGAUAAGGAACCAGAUUCUGGUUCGUCUAGUACGAUUCUGAGCAUGGAAAACGAGGUGAAACGAAAGUUACUUCCGCAAUUAGAAACAGAUAACAAACGACAUCAAGGUGCGAUACCUAAACAAAGCCGUCCAAAGCCUGCAGUAGAAGCUAUAGAUGAUAAUAUUACAACUGUUGAACAAACCCGGCCAAAACUUAAACGAACAUUAGAAGUCAGAAGAGACAAAGAUAGAAGAAGAGACGGAAGAUUUGAGCAAACUAGCGGUUCGAACAACGAGUUAAGUACGCUUAGCCUUGCAUCCUCAUUGUUAGCUACGUUAUUGACUUCUGGCCGAGAAUUACCUGGCCAAUCUAGUACUGUGUCCGAUUUAAGAUUAAGCCGUAGUUCAGAGAAUCGAAAUUCACGAAAAAGGCGAGGUCCUUUGAAGUGCUCGAUUAGGCCGUAUCGAGGUAGAAAUCGAGACGAUAACGUUGUACCGUUCACCGCUUUGCUCGGAUUGAUAUCAAACGAGGAAUGUCAUUUAGUCGCUAAUCAUAACGACGCUAUAGAAGCGACUGUACCAUAUUUUCACGAUGAAAACGAACGCUGGUUAGCUUACACAUUCGAUGAGAAAGCAUCUGGUGUUGCUGCAGCUGCGCAAGUUCCUUCUAGCAAUAACGAUAAAUUGUUAAAUACCUUGCUACGUCAACAACUUAAUCAAAAUUUACACUACGAUAGAAACUGGGAAUUAACGGAUACGUUGAGUAUCAGUUCUAGCAGUCCUUCAUUAAAUUCUCUUGAUUUAAGCAUACAUAUAGACACGCCACCUGUAUUGUCAAGCCCAAAAAGCAAUCAAACGAAGGCACAAAAUUCAUUUUCGUCAAAUUUAGUUUCCUCGAAUACUGGAAGUAUCAAUCACUCGACGGGAGAAACGUCGGAACGAGAUCAAUUUCAUCAAAAUACUGGAAAUUCGAAUCAAUGCGAACUCGAGACAUUAGAGCUCGAAACGUUAGAACGAGAUCAAUUUCAUCAAGAUAUAAUGUCACGUAUCGAAUUAAUGACGGAUAGAAAUCGAAGAUUACGAAAUUUAUUAGGAUAUUUUAAUUUGAACCUUUAUCCAGCUGAUUCUAAUCGACGUGUGCCUGUUUUAACAUUGCCAACGCAUCAAGAGGCCGAUAUGAACACAAAUUUAUCUUGGAAUCGAUUUAUCGGCGGCUUAGAUGGAUCCGAUUCUAAGCCUAAACAAUCAAGACAUUAUUAUAAAUGGAAAAUUGGAAAAUUACCGCAUAUCAAAGUGCGAUUCGAUCGUUUAUUUUUAUUGGCAUUGUUAGACAGAAAUUUAACCAUUUUCGAGACCGUCGUUUCAACGUUUCUAGCGAUUGCCGUCGCCGGGUUAGGUCUUCUGUUACUUCAACAAGGAUUUUACCGUGACAUAUUUGCUUUCAUGUUUUGUUUCGUAACAGCUGGAUGCCAGUAUUCAUUGUUAAAGUCGGUUCAACCUGACGCCGCUUCACCGACACACGGAUUCAAUCGUAUAAUAGUCUUCUCUCGUCCCGUUUAUUACAUAUUGUGUUCAGGAUUCAUAUUAAUUUUCAACGAAUCCUUAAGAAACUUUAAAACAUCUGAAUUUCGAAUAUACGGUUUGCGAUGCGCCGAUUACGAUGUUAUAUUGCAAAUUCGGAAUAUUUUACUAAUAUUCCUUUUGUGCUUUCCAAUUGUCUUCUCUUUGGGUUUGCUCCCUCAGAUUAAUACUUUUUUAAUGUACCUCUGCGAACACAUAGACAUUCAUUUAUUCGGCGGUAAUGCAACUACUAGUCUACUAUCAUCAAUAUAUUGUCUCUGUCGCAGCAUCGUCACCGUUGUUAUAUUGUACGGUUUAGCGUACGGAGCGCUCACAGAACCAAAAUCUUCUCAGCACAUUUUAUUUUCCAUUUUCGCGGGUUUAUUAGUUGCUGUAUCUUAUCAUUUAAGUAGAUCAUCGUCGGAUCCCAGCGUGAUGUGGGACAUAGUCAAAACAAAUUUAUGGCCACCAGAAGUUUAUACGGAAGAGAAGGAAGCGAAAAUCAUCGAGAACACAUCUCGCAGGGAUAAUAUGUCUGCGACUUACAAGGAAGCAAAGUUCCGAGCGUACAGAAGAAAGAAACACGUAAAAAUCGAAGUGGGCGAACAAAUGUCGGAUACAGAAUUGGUAGAUCCGUUACCUGAGAAGCUAAGAGCAACAGUGAAUGCAAGAUUAAAGAACGACUUGAUAGUGUGCACGGUAAUAGGUACAUUAUCUUUUGGAAUUCAUUGUUCAACCGUAUUUACAGCAUUGCAACCAGAAUUAAAUCCAGUUCUGUGGGGUAUCGCAAGUUGCCUCGGAUUUCUAUUACAUUAUAUCGUACCGCAACUAAGAAAACAAUUGCCAUGGUUGUGCUUGUCAAGACCGGUACUACGUAGCCACGAGUAUGCACAAUUUGAAGUACUCGAACCGGUAAGGAUCAUGUGGUUCGAGAAAGCUUAUGUUUGCCUCUGUUUCUUGGAAAGGAACGUUCUGUAUCCGGUUGUGUUUCUCGGAGCGCUUACCGAAUGUUCGUCAAAAAUUGUAUCGAAAUUUGGAGAAAGCAUAGGCGCAUUGAUCAUAGUCGUAUGCGGAUUGAAGUCGUUAAGAUCUGCGUAUUCCGAUCCGUCGACGCGUUACCUGGUUCUAAUAUUUGCAGUUCUCUUUUUUAAGCUAGACUUUCGAGAUCUCAGCGAAACGUUUUUGGUAGACUAUUUCGUCGCGGGUAUAGCGUUCGCUAAGAUUUAUGAAUUACUGUUAAAAAUUCGAUUCGUUGUCACGUACAUUGCACCCUGGCAAAUAACGUGGGGUAGCGCGUUCCAUGCGUUCGCUCAACCAUUCUCUGUUCCACAUUCUGCGAUGCUAUUCUUGCAAGCUGGUAUCUCUGCGAUUCUCAGCACUCCGUUAAACCCACUUUUGGGCAGCGCUAUUUUCAUAUCAUCGUACGUACGUCCUGUGAAAUUUUGGGAACGUGAUUACAAGACGAGAAGAGUGGAUCAUUCGAAUACACGAAUGUCUUCGCAUUUAGAUCGAAAUCUCGGGGCGGAUGAUAAUAAUCUGAAUUCGAUCUUUUACGAACAAUUAACGAGAUCGCUGCAACACAGUCUUUACGGAGACCUUGCGCUUGGACGUUGGGGAAACGUUGAACAGGGCGACUGUUUUCUAUUAGCAUCCGAUUACUUAAACUGUUUGGUACACGUUGUCCAAUUAGGCAAUGGAUUGGUAACUUUUCAAUUGAGAGGUCUUGAAUUUCGUGGAACUUAUUGCCAGCAGAGAGAAGUAGAAGCAAUAUCUGAAGGAAUCGAGGAUAACAACAAUUGUUGCUGCUGCGAAAUGGGACACUUUUCAAAUGUUCUAAGUGUAAAUGCAGCCUUCAGACAACGCUGGCUAGCUUGGGAAGUUGCGAGUUCUAAAUACGUUCUUGAAGGAUAUUCAAUUUCCGACAAUUCAGCUGUUUCUAUGCUGCAAGUGUUUGAAUUUCGUAAAGUACUGGUUACCUACUAUGUGAAAAGUAUCGUUUUCUAUACCGUAAAGUCGCCGAAAUUAAAAUAUUGGCUGGAGAAUUCCGAGAUUGCGGAUGCUCUUAGUGUAACUCUUAAAAAAAAUUUUGUCGAUCUUGAUCCUGUGUUUAAUAUGAGCAUUCACGAGGAUUUCGACUUUCGAGCUAGUGGAAUUACAAGAAGCAGUUUUUGCAACGUUUACUUGGAUUGGAUACAAUAUUGCGUUAACAAACACGAUAAGGCAUUGGAUAAGUCAAGAAAUUCACGGCUAGUAUCCUUAUGUCUUGCAUUGAGUCUUCUGGGGAGACGCGUUUUAGGAGCAGUGUCUAAUAAUACUGUUUCUAAUGUUGAAUUUUUUCUCUAUGGAUUACAUGCUCUUUUUAAAGGAGAUUUUCGUAUAACAUCGGUUCGAGAUGAAUGGGUGUUACUGGACGUUGAUCUACUACGAAGCGUCGUAGCGAAAGGAGUAAGGAUGGCGUUAAAGUUACACCAAGAUCAUUUUAUGAGCCCGGAACUGUACGUUGAACUCUCUGCUCUUUACGAAGCUAUAGAUAGCCACGACAAAAAUCUUGUGAUCAGUCACGAAGCAGAUCCACUUUGGAGAAAUGCAGUUUUAAACGGCGCCCCAAGCCUUCUGGCUCUUAGGCAUGCACUCGACGAUGGGAUCGAUGAAUAUAAAGUGAUAAUGCUUAAUAAACGUUUUUUAAGUUUUCGAGUAAUUAAAAUGAAUCGCGAGUGUGUACGUGGUUUAUGGGCUGGACAACAGCAAGAAUUAGUAUAUUUGAGAAAUAGAAACCCAGAGCGUGGCUCGAUACAAAACGCGAAACAAGCUCUUAGAAAUAUAAUAAAUAGUUCUUGCGAUCAACCGAUCGGAUACCCGAUUUACGUUUCACCAUUGACAACGAGUUAUGCAGAAACUAAUGAACAACUAUGUUCGAUAGUCGGAGGAUCUUUGAGUCUUGGGAUAAUCAAGAAUAAUAUUUUAAAACUAUGGCAAAGAGUCAGAAGAAGAUGCGGUCAGGGCUGUUCCUCCGGAGGAACAGGAUCUCAAGAUGAUGGAGGUUUUGGAAAUGAUGGGGUAUACGCGAUGACUACGUACAAUAUUCAUUUAGGCUACAGUCAAUCGGGUCAUCAUACAUCAGGCUCACAGUCUAUAGAUUCUGGAUGUCAAAUCGGUGGAUCAACUGGGCGUGGUUCUUUAGGAAGAACAAAUACAGGAUCUCUAGGUGGUAAUAGAGGAUCGUUAGCAUCAGUUGGAAAGCCUACAAGUUCAACGCUUGCUAGCUUAGCUGGUCUUCUUAGUAACAGCGAUAUUAAAAACGAAACUAAGAGCGAGACAAGUUUCACCAGUAAGUUAGAGAAAGAUGAAGUCUUACAGAGAGUUCGAAUCAUAGAUCCUAAUCAAGUGUACGAUGCUAUUAACUUGGGUCGUCGAAUAGACGUAAUCUGGCCAGACGAAAGAAUGAGACAACAGGGUGGUAGAUCUGGAUGGCAACAUUGGGUACCUGAAAGAGGUAUGGAAGGAUGCGUUGUUCAUUGUUGGUCCCCUAAUCAUCGUGAUCCUAAUAGACGGUCUCAUGUAGAUAAAGUUAUCUUACUUGUCAAAAUUGACGAUAAAUAUGUUCCGAUAGCAGAGCAAGGUGUACGAAAUUUGGGGGCAGAAGUGUGAUGAAGUAUUUUUGAAUCCUUUAUAGUAAUACACAUGACGAUUUUCAUACAGUCUUUUUUUUUUUUUUCAAUCACGCACUACGAAAUAGAAUUAAUGCGUUAAAAAUUAAAACUUCAUUCCAGUUGUAAAAUGAUAAAGUUCUAUCGUAAAUGAUUAUUCUUAAAAUUGUACAUAAUGAGAAUCGACGAAUUUUAAGGCUAGUUUCCUCAUUCUAACAUACACACGUGUAUAUAUACAGCCAUAAAAUACUCUUCAUUAUACAAUUUUUCUAAGAUUUUCAUUUGUUAGAUUUUUUUUUUCUAAUUUUUCAUUUUUCUUCCCCUUAUCUUUCAUUCGGUACAACAAUGUCCAAUAGAUGCAAUUUCCUUGAAAAAUUCUAAAAAGUGUGAAUUUUAAAACUUUACAGAAAAAGAUUAGUUAAUAUUUUACUUCUAAUAAUCCGAGAAUUAUUCGUACAUAUUUACUGUGAAGACUAAUCGCAAAGUAAAUUGUAUCAUGUUGUAUCAUACUAUGUAUCAUAUAACUAUUAGAUGAUUUAGUAAUAACAAAACCUAGGUGUUACUUGUUGUUAAUCAGCUAAAUUAUUAUUUUUAUCGAUAUAAAGUACCGUGAUUGGGUAUAUUCAAAUUUUAAUAAUUUAUAAUCAUAUCACAAAUACUAUUUAAAUACAUUACUCUAAUUUUUGGUGUAAGAAUGUUUCCAGAAAUAAUUAAGGUGCACGAAUAGAACAAAAAAUGUAUUAGCGUUAUUGUUAUUGAAUAUGCCAAAUAACAACAAGUAACAUUAGUUAAAAAUUUGUAUAUAAUAUCAUUCGUGUUUUUCUACAUUUUGUUACAUUUUUUUUAAACUACUUGAUAUAGAUAAGUUGUAAAUAUGCGCAACAUUUCUGCAACAUUAAAGCGUCCAAAUGUAUUUACUGAACAUGUAAUUUUGUGGGGCCAUGAAAUCGCCUCUACAGAACAUAUCGGUGCACUAAUAGCAAUGUUAUAUAUAUAUAUAUUCUUAAAUUUUGUUUGUAUGCGUUUAUUGUAUGAAAAUAAGGAUAAUUGUGCUCGUGUAUUUGCAUUUGGUAUGUGUUUCGUUAUAAUAGUCACUAAAAGAAAUUAAUAUUAUAUUAAUAAUUACUCGAUGUAGAUACACCACAUUUAUCCGAAAAAGAAAAAUAAAUUUAUUCUCAUUUUUUCUUUU